AUGAUUCGCGAGAUCGUGAUCCAGCUGCUCUACGGAACGGCGAUUUUGACAACGAUUAUAGUGGCUCCUCUGGUCACGUUGCAAACGCAGCUGGUCUCAAGAGAGAGGCCCACCGCGAGUUUCCUCUACCCGGGUAUCGUGGUCACCGCUAUCGUGUCCCUGAUGCUGACCAUCCUGGCGAUGUCGCCUUAUUUGAUGUUACCGUCGCGCUUGCUAGCGAAGCACCCGAAGAAAGUCUUUCUGGCCAUUAUGCCCUGGGUCCUGGUUUGCGUUAUUAAGUUCGCGCUCAACGUAAAGUUACAACUCAGGGCGAUCUCCCACGUGGCGACGGGAAGCAACUCGAACAGCUUGGUCUUCGCCCUGGGCUCCUACUGCGGCAUCUUUGGCCUGGCCGUGGAACAGAUGCUUCACUGGAGCGUCAUCUACCACUUGAUGACCGAGGGCGUCGAAACGACCGUCUCCAACUUCCGCUGGCCGAGGCGCAUAUAUUAA